UUGUCAAGUGGUUGUUUUUUGUAAUGAUCCUAUCCGCAGGCCUACCUCUCCUCAAGGAAUACUGUUUUUGAAUGACAUAUAUUUUGUAUUUAUUUUAAUAUUUAAAUACAUCUGCUGAUAAAUUAUAUUGAAUAACCCCACCUCUCUCUCUUGCACACACACACAUAUAUAUACACACACACACAUACACACACACACUGUCUCUCAGUGUGGGCAUGUCUGUUCAGGAGACUGUCUACUCGGAGUGCACUCUCACUUGAGCGGAGGGACAGCGAGCGAACAACCAUCACCUCCUUCUAGCACAUCAACCCAUUAUAUAUAUUUUUUUUGUGGAAAAUGUUCAACUAAAGCCGGCAGAGUAGGAUAAAAGCUUUUGUAAAGAGUGCACUGUUUUGGGGAGUAUACCCUGAUCCUUGCGCAGCGCGUUAUUGGCCAUGGAGUCCUUUACGCACUGCAGAUAACAAGUCUUUGUGAAACAAAGAAAACAAAGUAAUGGAUCAAAACUGCAAGUGAUUUUUUUUUCACACUCUGGUAAAGUUAUGGCCGCGCUACGGAGGAAAUUUGGGGAGGACUAUCAGGUAGUGAAUACAAACCGUGACAACGCCGCUUUUUCAGCACCUGUUAAAAAGAAACGCCAGCGGUUCGUGGAGAAGAACGGUCGUUGCAACGUGCAGCACGGGAAUCUCGGCGGGGAGACCAGCCGAUACAUCUCCGACCUCUUCACCACCUUGGUGGACCUCAAGUGGCGAUGGAACUUACUUAUCUUUGUUCUGACCUAUACAGUAGCAUGGUUGGUCAUGGCUUCUAUGUGGUGGAUCAUCGCCUACAUCAGAGGGGACAUAAACCAUGGCCACGACUCGUCCUACACCCCCUGCGUUGCCAACGUUUACAACUUCCCCUCCGCGUUCCUAUUCUUCAUAGAGACCGAGGCCACCAUCGGCUACGGCUACCGCUACAUAACGGAGAAAUGUCCAGAGGGCAUCAUUCUCUUCUUGUUCCAAUCGCUGCUGGGUUCCAUCGUGGACGCCUUUCUGAUCGGCUGCAUGUUCAUUAAAAUGUCCCAGCCUAAGAAGCGCGCAGAGACGCUUAUGUUUAGCCAGGACUCAGUGAUCUCACAGCGCGACGGCAAACUGUGCCUCAUGUUCCGCGUGGGCAACCUGCGAAACAGCCAUAUGGUGUCCGCGCAGAUCAGGUGUAAACUCAUAAAGUCUCGUCAGACCCCGGAGGGAGAGUUCCUACCCCUGGACCAGUGUGAGCUGGAUGUGGGUUUUGGGACGGGUGCGGACCAGCUCUUCCUGGUGUCACCUCUCACCAUCUGCCACGAGAUCAAUCCUAAGAGUCCUUUCUUUGACCUGUCCCAGCGCUCCCUCAUGAACGAGCAGUUUGAGAUUGUUGUCAUCCUGGAGGGCAUUGUUGAGACCACAGGUAUGACGUGUCAGGCGCGGACGUCGUACACGGAGGACGAGGUGUUGUGGGGCCACCGCUUCCUGCCCGUCAUGUCUCUGGAGGAGGGAUUCUUCAGGGUGGACUACUCCCAGUUCCACAGCACUUUCGAGGUCAACACCCCACCGUACAGUGUCAAGGAGCAUGAUGAGAAGUCCUCCCUGCCUUCGCCCCUCUCCACCCCCACGCUGGGCGAGAGCCACGGUGCCGCCCGACGUGCCCGGGUCUUCUCUGUAGACUGCAUCAACACUACGGACCGGGAGGAGCGGGCGGGGCAGUCCAGGCUGCCCAGUAAGCUUCAGAGGAUGAGCUCGUCUGGGAAGGAGGACCUACAGAGGAAGGUCCUGAUGCUGAGCUCCCAGCACUCUGAGAAGGCCUGCAGUACUGGAGACCUGCCUCUCAAGUUGCAGCGUCUCAGCUCCUCCCCCGGCCCAGAGGCUGCAGAUCGGCUGCAGCUCAAGGCCUUGAAGGUGGGCUUUGAACCCAUGACCCAGUCCACUGGAGACCUGCAGCUGCUCCCCACUCCAGCCCCCGUCCCCGCACUCAUCCACACCCCUCUGCCCUCAGGAGGGGGCCGACCAGAGGACAACCUGCCGGCCAAAUUACGCAGGAUGAAUGCUGACCGCUGAGGUCAUCAUGACCAGACUUUGCAUGCAUCCCAAUGGAACCCUAUUCCCUAUAUAGUGCACUACAAUAGACCAGGGCCCAUAGGGGGCUCUGGUCAAAAGUAAUGCACUAUGUAGGGAAUAGGGUGUCAUUUGGGACGCAUCCCCAGAGUCUAACUUCUCUUUGACCACACAUCAAACUAUGGAGACAGAAAAUGAAAUGUGACUGAAUAUACUGAAAGACAAUGAUAUGGAUGGGGAAAAAACUAUGAUGGGCGGUGUGUCACUAUUUCUGUUUUUUCAAACACAAUCUUUACUGGAAUUACUGUGAUUUUUGGGUGUUUUAUAGCAACAGUGUUCGUACUGGUCACCACACACACACACACACACACACACACACACACACUAAAGAAUUGUGCAUGUAUACAAUCAAUCCAUCUGAAUGCAUUACAUACCCCCCUCUCUUAGUUUUAAACAAAUAAAAUAUAUUUAAGACGAUAA